AUGACAUCCUUCACUCAUAGACCACACUCUGUCAAGACUGAAAUGCUGAUAUCAUCACUGCUAUUAGCGACGUAUGCCACUGUAGGAUGUGCAGCUGCUGAACUAAUGGCUGGUGAUGUCACCGCAGUGAUCUCACUACCUACACAACAUCAAACAGGAGUACUCGACAGUUUAGCUAUGCCUCUGGAGACCGGUGACAAAGCCCAGUUUGCCAUUCAGAUUCAAGACGUAAAUAAUCAAGUGCUGGAUCAGGUCGACGACGCCAUUAAAGUGGCAGUACCUUCAGUACUACCAACCAAUAUUCAAAAGAGAGCAGAUACACCAGCUGUAGUAGCGUCGAUUUCCGGCAAUGGACAAUCGGAUACAAAUCCUGCCCCGACGGCUUCACAAACCAAUUCUGGCCCACCAGCCAUGCCUUCUCUGAAGUCUACUGGUGUGCCUACACCUACAGUCACUGUUCCACCAUUAGGAAAUAAUCCAUUUAUUAACGAGUCGAAUCUUCCAGAAGGUACAGUAUUUAUUGCAGUUGGUGCUAUUCUUGGAGGAAUUGCUGCUGCUUUGGUUGCUUGGAGAAUCGUAGCUGCUGUUGAACUGAGAAAUUCUCUUAAACGAAGUGAAGCAGCUGCUUUGUUGGCUGAGCAAGCCGAGCACAAAGUUCCUAUUUUCAGUGCUGUCAACGCUGGAAAACGAGCUGGCCGUGAUUCUUUCAAUCCCAACUUGUCUUCAGAAAAUCUUGCAUUUGGUCCUAGCAACCGUAAUACGAUGAUGUCGGGCCACAGUCUGUUCUUCUCUCCCACGACUGAGGUCAUGAACAUGGGUAAAGAGAGUGGUGGUACCAACAGUUUAGGCGGCUCCGUUGGCAUUGGAGGUCUCAGUAGCUCCGGAACUGGUGGUGGUUCGAUGACAAGUAACCUUGGAGUCAUGCCUGCACCUACUACCCGUUCCAGUGUGUAUUUGCCAUCCGGAUACUAUGGUGUUGGUAGUGCUCCAGGAGGAGGUGCAGGAAGUGCCGGUUCAUUCACAUCCCGUUCAGUCAGACCCACGUCCAUGGCACCACGAGAAAGCAUGUACGGACCAGGGUCUGUGGCCAUGGAUCAAAUGUCCGAACGCCAUAGCACCUACGACCGACACAGUACUUACGACCGCCAGAGCACCUACGGUCCUAUCCAACCUCGUACCAACCCCAACAAUCGUGCUCCUAGUGCGUAUCUGGACGACUUGCUUGCCCAAGACGAAGAUGACGAUGAAUAG